AUGGACACCCAAACUGUAAACCUGGAAGGUACUACAUCUAUGGAACCACCUGAAGGCACAUCCUUUGUUUAUGAUACUAGGAGCCAAUUAGCUGUAAUCGUUGGUUCUUUACUCAUUAUCAUAGGAAUACUUGGUUCCUUUGGAAACCUGAUGGUCAUUCUGGCCGUCUCCCUCUGCCGAAAUCUGCAAAACAAAACCCAUGUGUUUGUGGUGAGCCUCAGCGUCGCUGAUUUUAUCACGGCACUGACCCUUCCAUUUCAAGGUUUCUCAGUGCUCUCUGAGACUGGAUGGCCUUUUGGCAAUGGGUUGUGCAAACUGUUUGGAGCCUUGCUUAUUUUUACGUUAGCAGUCAACUUCUUUACUUUGGCUGCAAUAGCGGUUGACCGUUACAUCCACAUCACGAAGAGUAUCAGACUGCAACAGAAGAUCUACACUCGCAGUAGCAUUGCUAUCAUGGUAGCAUUCCUGUGGCUUUUUCCCUUCCUGGGGAUGGUUGUACCACAGCUAAUUCCUGCAACAGGUGGUAUAAAGUAUAGUCCUGACACGAGGACCUGUGGUUGGGACUUUGGGCAUCCCAUGCAUGGAGUGUUUCGAAACAUAACCUCAGCAUGCGCCAUGUUUUGCACCGCCCUGAUCAUCUUCUGCUAUGUUGCCAUCAUGCUCUAUGUCCGGAGGCAUAUCAGAGAGACAAGGGACAUACUGAGGGUAUCUUCUGGCAAUAUCAACAACCUAGUGGCAUCACCUACUGGAUCAAGUAAGAUGCAGAUUGACAUCACCAAGAACAUGGCGGCUUGCCCUAGACUUGCCCCACACAGCAACAAAUAA